AUGGAGGCUGGGACUGGGCCUCUGCUCUCGACAUUGCUGGGGCUGCUGCUGCUGUUCACACCUGGGACUCGAGGUGCCAACCCCGCCGUGGUGGCCCGGAUCACAGACAAGGGCCUGGAGUACGCGGCCAAGGAGGGGCUGUUGGUUCUGCAGAGAGAGCUGCAGGAGAUCACACUGCCUGACUUCACCGGGGACUUCAAGAUCAAGGCCAUAGGCCGUGGGAAUUACGAGUUUCAUAGUCUGGAGGUCCAGAGCUGUGAGCUGCGUGGCUCCUCCCUGAAGCCGCUCCCAGGCCAGGGCCUGAGUCUCACCAUCUCCGACUCUUCCAUCCGGGUCCAAGGCAAAUGGAAGGCAGGCAAAUCCUUCCUGAAACUUAAGGGCUCCUUUGAUCUGGAUGUCAAAAGUAUCACCAUCUCAGUGGACCUCCUCCUGGGCGUCGAUCCCUCGGGGCGGCCCACAGUCACUACCUCCAGGUGCAGCAGCCGUAUUAGUGCUUUGGACGUGGACAUAUCAGGAAAUGUGAGGUGGCUACUGAAUCUCUUCCAUGACCAGAUUGAGUCCAAGCUCCGAAAAGUAUUAGAGAACAAGGUUUGUGAGCUGAUCCGGAAGUCUGUGACCUCUGACCUGCAGCCUUAUCUCCAAACUCUGCCAGUCACAGCAAAGAUUGACCAUGUCUUGGGCAUUGACUACAGUUUGGUGGAGGCGCCCCGUGCACAUGCCCAGAUGCUAGAUGUGAUGUUUAAGGGUGAAAUUUUUAAUCAGAAUCACCGCUCUCCGCCUGCCUCCCCAACUCCAACAAUGAUCCUACCUGAAGAUGGUAAACUAAUGGUCUACUUUGCCAUCUCAAAUCAUGCCUUCAACAUAGCCAGCCGGGUUUAUCACCAGGCUGGGUACCUGAACUUCUCCAUUACAGAUGACAUGUUACCACCUGACUCCAAAAUCCGGCUGAACACUAAGGCUUUCCGCCCCUUCGCUCCCCAGAUAACCAGAAGGUACCCUGACAUGAACUUGGAGCUCCGUGGAACAGUGGUCUCUGCCCCACUCCUGAAUAUCAGCCCUGGGAAUCUAUCCUUGGCCCCUCAAAUGGAGAUUGAAGGUUUUGUGCUCCUGCCCAGCUCCGCCCCAGAGUCUGUCUUCCGGCUUGAUGUGGUCACUAAUGUGUUUGCCUCAUUGACCUUCAACAACAGCAAGGUCACCGGGAUGCUGCAUCCAGAGAAGGCACAAGUGAAACUGAUAGACUCCAAAGUCGGCAUGUUCAACGUGAACCUGUUUCAAGCAUUUUUCAACUAUUAUCUUCUCGAAACUAUCUACCCUGAGGUCAAUGAUGAGCUGGCCAAGGGCUUCCCCCUUCCUCUUCCAAGGAAUAUUCAGCUCCACGACCUUGACCUCCAGAUCCACAAGGACUUCCUAUACUUGGGUGCCAAUGUCCAGUACAUAAAAGUCUGA